AUCUGGAAAAGACCAAAUCAAAACACGCUAACCAGCUUUUCGCCGCACAACGGAAUGAACGAAAAGUAUAAGCUUUGGGAAAGUGUCGGUUCUUCGUUUUCUGUUGCAUCUCUGUUCUCGCCUUCCUUCCAUUCCCACGCAAUCCUUUCCAAUUCCCAUUUUAAAGAAUCCAUUUCACAGUUGUUGUUCAUUCUUUUUCCCCUUUCCUCGCAGAUUUCCGUAAUCUCAAUCCUUUUCCCUUUUCGAUUCUCCCACCGGGAAGCAUAACACUUUUAAGGUCAGUUUGAUAACUCUAAAAUGGGUCAAGCAUUUGGUUGCAUUCAAGUCGACCAGUCAACUAUAGCCAUCAGAGAAACAUUUGGGAAGUUUGAUGACGUACUUGAACCUGGUUGCCAUUGUCUACCUUGGUGCCUUGGAAGCCAGGUAGCUGGUUAUCUCUCUUUACGUGUCCAGCAACUUGAUGUUCGCUGUGAGACAAAGACGAAGGAUAAUGUUUUUGUCACCGUCGUUGCCUCUAUUCAAUACCGAGCCCUGGCAGACAAGGCUUCAGAUGCUUUUUAUAAGCUAAGCAAUACAAGAGAACAGAUCCAAGCUUAUGUCUUUGAUGUUAUUAGGGCAAGUGUUCCAAAGUUGGACCUUGAUUCAACUUUUGAACAGAAGAAUGAUAUUGCCAAAGCUGUGGAAGAUGAACUGGAGAAGGCCAUGUCAGCUUAUGGGUAUGAGAUAGUUCAGACUCUGAUUGUGGACAUUGAGCCAGAUGUGCAUGUAAAGAGAGCAAUGAAUGAAAUCAAUGCAGCUGCGAGAAUGAGAGUUGCUGCAAAUGAGAAAGCUGAAGCAGAGAAGAUACUACAGAUUAAGAGAGCCGAAGGAGACGCCGAAUCCAAGUAUCUGGCAGGGCUCGGUAUUGCACGUCAGCGUCAAGCCAUCGUCAAUGGGCUCAGAGACAGCGUGCUAGCAUUUGCCGAAAACGUCCCCGGAACGACAUCGAAGGAUGUCAUGGACAUGGUUCUUGUGACCCAAUACUUCGACACGAUGAAAGAAAUCGGAGCAUCGUCAAAGACUAAUUCGGUUUUCAUCCCACACGGACCUGGUGCAGUUAAAGAUAUAACUUCACAGAUCAGAGAUGGUCUUCUCCAAGGAAGCCGAACUCAGUAGAUUGGUGAGGAGAUUGAAGAUGGGAUACAAAAGUAUAUAAAAGAUUGCAUGUGAAUAAUGGGUUUGGUGGUUGGUUUGUUUGUUUAAGCUGCAAAUUUCUGUCGUAUGUAGAUUUGUUUGAAUAAAUUUCUGUUUCUCUUAACUGAUCUAACAAAGCUUAUUGAUAUUAUUUACCUUAUGAGUAGAUGGAAACCAUGAAGCAUAAAAGUUGC